UUAGUAUAAAAGCGCGCUGGCCAUUCGGCCAUUGUUUCAAUCUAUUUGCUGCUCUAAUAUAAUGCUGAAAUUCGCUUUUGUCUUUGCUCUGCUGGUGACUCUGGCCAGCUGCAAUGAGGAGGACUUCAAUGCCGUGCUCCUCAAGGCGGAGAACCACCAGAAUCUGGAUGGAGCUGGACAAUUUAAUCACGAGACUAGCGUUAGCAAUGGCAUCCAGGUGAAGGCCCAGGGCAACGUGAACGGCGUUCAGGGCGAAUACUUUCUGCCCGGCGAAGAUGGCAAACAGAUCCGGGUGACGUACACAGCAGAUGCCACCGGCUUUCAUCCCAAAGUGGAAGAGUGAUCGCGUGACCUUGACCAAAUGAAUACGUGUUUAAUAUAUAAAUAAUCUUAGUACAUAUUUA